UUUGGAGUCGCGCGUGUCGGCGGCGAACGUGCGCCGGGCGGUGCGUCCAUGGACUUUUGUUUAUUUUCAUUUACGAAACAGACUUUAAUGAACUUACGAUUAAGUGCUUUGAUUACAGCAACAACCACAACUUCCUUAUCAAGUGUGCCUGUGUCUCGUAUAUUAUCGAUCUUUUCGUAGUCUACUACACAAUUAGCAUUAUCAUUUCCCUGUAAGUUAGUGUGAAUUAUGAAAAGUUUUAGUGCUUUCAGUGUCAGCUGUGCUAAGCUCUUGUUUGUUGUCUCUCUCUAAUCGUGUCGGAAGGAGAGGAUUGUCCGUGUCGGAAGAUUUGUUUUCCAUCGUUCUGUCAUUUUCUUUGCCAUAAUGUGUGAAAAAUAGAGCGAAUUGGAAUAAUAAAUCGCUUGGAUAUCUUGUGCAUACAAGAAUAUUGUAAGUUCAGAACAAACAGGCCCGCCGCCCACGAAGGGAGAUAACGCAGCAUCCCGUCCACACAGACUUAAUCUGGCACACGGCAACAGGAAACAUGACGAUAGUGUUGCGCGCUGGAACGUAGCAUAUAAGAAAACUUCUUCUAAACUUUCCAAUUAAUAUGCUUAGCUGACAACGCGCACAGACUCCAAAACACAAAGCUACAAUAAUGCCCGGAGCACCCGCUGCCAUGUCAAUAAACAGGCGCACAACAUAUAGUAUCUUUACAAAGGAUAAUACUGCUAUAAGGAAAGAUAUGGAAACUAUUAUCGAGGAACAUAUAAUAACUUAUACGACAGAUACAGAAAUGGAGAUAGUAUACCAAGUAGACAUAGACAAAAGAAGAGGUAACCAUUCCACUAAGAAAUUAGACGAAAUUAAUAAAACGACUGAUUUAGAUAGGUGUAGAAUACUCCAUAAGGACAAAUAUGACUAUGAAAAUAAAAAUGAAAGGCGAAACUCUCAUUAUAAUAGAGAAAUCGAACGACUGGAUUUAUCGAAGAACGAAAAUGUAUACGGAAAACAAUCGACCAAUAAAAAGAGGGUUGAAGUUGACGGAUAUGAUGGUUCAAGGCGAGCCGUUAAUUUGAAAUUUAAAUUCGUCCGGGAUAUGCGGGAGUGGGUAGAAGCUUUAGGGAGGACAAUGUGUGUGAGUGUGAGGGUGCUCACCUUAUUGGGACUACUGUUGGCUAUUCUGGCGACUAGCGAAGCGGCGCCGACGAGGUCGCGACCUGCCAGGAGCACACAUCACGAAAUAAAUGUGAGAUCGUACUUGGAGACGUUCGGGUACUUACAGAAAGGCUUGCCAGAAAACCUGCUGUUGGAAGGGGAUUACGAAGACGACUUCAGGAUCGCAAUAAAAACUUUGCAAGAAUUUGGAGGUAUACCCGUGACGGGUGUGAUAGACGAAGACACGAAGAGUCUGCUGAAGCAAAAGCGGUGCGGUCGACCCGACAGGGAGGUUGGAGAUGAAGAAAACGUCAAAAGGAGAAAGAGGUUCGCGGUGCAGGGCGAGAAGUGGCGUCACACCAACUUGACAUGGAGCCUGAAGUCAGACCGUCACCCGUCGCAGUUGGACCCAUACGGUACCCGCGAUGUGCUGGCGCGGGCUCUGGAUGUCUGGGAACAGGCCUCCAGGCUCACCUUCCGGGAGAUCAACUCGGAUGACGCUGACAUUGUUGUGUCGUUUGCCAAACGCUACCAUGAUGACGCGUACCCGUUCGACGGCCGCGGUCUGAUCCUUGCGCACGCGUUCUUCCCGGGCACUGGCCGCGGCGGAGACGCACACUUUGACGACGACGAGCUAUGGGUCCUCAGCUCCAACGACGAUGAUGAAGGAACAUCCCUGCUGGCUGUGGCCGCUCAUGAAUUCGGGCAUUCUCUCGGCCUCAGUCACAGCUCUGUCAAGGGAGCUCUCAUGUUCCCCUGGUACCAAGGAAUUCAACCCAACUUCGAAUUACCAGAGGACGAUAGAAACGGCAUUCAACAAAUGUAUGGGCCAAAGGUGCGCAAACCCUGGGCUAGAAUACCGUACUACCCAGUAGAAACUCCUCCUCCUACAACCACAACCAGUACUACCACGACGACUACAACGACAAGAAGACCUUACCACCAUCAUAACAGGCACAAUAGACCGGACCACACGCCCUUCCCGCGUCCUCCUAAUAAAUACCCCACAUAUUACCCCAGACGUCCGGCGUACUACCCUCCGGAUCGACGACAUUACAAUACUACCGAAGAUCAUCCAAGGCGAACAAAUCAUAACCAUUACCCUCGUCCUACUCCUCAUGAAACAACUACACACCCAACGACUUAUCGGCCUGUGAGAUAUCCCACUGUGCAUUCCGACUACCCCACAUACCCGAGGCCGAAUCACCCAACUGAUCCAAGGCAAGACUAUCCAAGGAAGCCCUAUAUUCCUCCGAGGACGACCACCACCUCGCGGCCUACUCCGCCGUCAGACAAGCCCGACACGUGCAACACCAGCUACGAUGCUGUUGCGCUCAUACGAGGAGAACUAUUUAUAUUUAAAAACAGAUAUCACUGGAGGAUAGGGGCCCAGGGUCAUUAUCCGGGCUACCCUAUGGACAUAUCAAGAAUGUGGCCAGGCCUGCCGAGAGACUUCACUCGCGUGGACGCAGUUUACGAGAGGCCGGACAGGAAGAUUGCAUUUUUCAUAGGAAAAGAACUUUUCCUGUUCGACACUCAGAAUUUGUUGCCGGGAUAUCCAAGAGCAAUCAGAGAGCUGGGGCUGCCGAGCAGUCUGGAGAAGUUGGACGCAGCCAUGGUGUGGGGGCAUAACGGCAAAACUUACUUCUACAGCGGCUCUUUGUAUUGGAAAUACGAUGAAGAAGAGGGCCACGUGGAGCUAGACUAUCCGCGCGACAUGUCGAUGUGGAAGGGAGUGGGGUACAACAUCGACAGCGUCUUCCAAUGGAAGGAUGGCAAAACCUACUUCUUCAAAGGUCGUGGGUUCUGGAAGUUUAACGACCUGCAGAUGAAAGUGGAACAUGAGAAGCAGCUACCAUCUGCCCCGUUCUGGAUGGGUUGCCCCACGGAGCGCACCAGCCGCCGCGCGCCCUUCCGCGUCCUCCCCGCGCCUGGCUCCACCCUCCGCUCGCCCAGUGCUGCCUCAGCAAGAGACUUCAACAAGCAUUUACCUUUAUUGUCUUCUGCUAUUGUAAUCUUACUUACGUUUUUGGUGAACAAAACUAUCCGCUCGUAAGGCGACGAGCUGACCUAUUAGUUACCUAACUGGCAAUUAUGACAGUAUAUUUCUUAUUAGGCGUUAUAGAACAUUAAAGAUGUUACACGAUUUAAUAGGAAUAGAGCGAAAUUAGUAGAUACUAUGUGUUCUAUACUCCAAUUAAUUUUCUCUAACGUUAUAUUUCAUUAUGUUAGUACAUAAUUCUUUCGACUGCAUAGUUAUAACUUGCGUGCCACUUUAAUAAAAACCGUAGGGUAAGUUGUUGAUCCGUAAGUAUAUUUCUGAUUUAACACGUUACAUAUCGAAAUUGAUGUCUGAAUUUAAGGUCUAGUUUAGAUAUACAUUAUACUAUUGCGCAAAAUGCACUGCCUGUUUUAGUAUAAAUCUAUACUAUACUAUUCUACUAUUACUAAUUUAAACCUAUUAGGCUAAUGUUACCUAGCGCGUCCUAUAAAUUCUCGAAUUCGUUGUAUGUACAUUUUGAUCUCAACAUGAUCGCGUGCUUGGUUAUGAAAUGUAAGGUACAUAACACCAUUCUUUUAGCUUCUGUACAGUUUGUAAUGUCGUCGAUGUCACUGUUUCCUUUUACGCUGGCGAGUGCUCUAUGUGCGUUUUCAUCAUAUGAGGACCAAACAUUAAUAUUGAAUAAGAUUUUAUUUUUUGUUGGAAAGAGAAAGAUAGAGCACAAAGACGAAGAAAACUAGAGAGAAAAUACAACUUCGCGGGUUAUGUCGUACAAAGCGGCAUGAUGAUGAUGAUAGGCAAUGUUAAAUUUUAAAUUGUUUCUCUUUCUUUUAUAAACGAAACGCAAGAUGUGACGAUAUAUAUGUGCAUAUAUACAUAUAGGUUUAUCUGUCUAUAAUAAAGAAUAUGAACGUCAAACUCCACACCGAGCCAUCGCCAGAGUAAGAUCUCCAUGGGAAAAUGUUUUCAUGUGCACAUAACUUUAAAAUCUAUUUUAAAGUAGGUAUAUCAUAAUUACUCAUUAUACUUAUGUAAUCUGAAAAAGUAUAUUUUUAAGAAAUGCCUGUUACACAAGAAUGCCUUAUAUUUAAAUAAUUAUUAAAUUUCUAAAUUCUUCUAUAUCUAUAAACUUUUUUAAUUUAAGAUAACUAUCGCUUAUGCUGGUUAAAAGAGGUACACACAUUCUACUUGUAUUAUAUGUAUUGAACUAAUUAAGAGUCAAUAGUUAAGAUUUUAAUGAUGAUUAUAAAUUAGGUUAUGUAUCUAAUUCCUAUACAAUUAUUUUUAACCUGAGCACGAGUUAUAAAAAAUGCUCAUAAUAUUUAUUGAAAGCAGAAUACAAACUACUUACUUACUAAUAAUAACUACCCAAUAAUUAUAAUAUGAAUUAAAAAUAUUUAAUAACAUUCAUCUUUUUACGUUCAAUUUUACUUUGAACAAACUAACAAGGCAUAAUCUAUCUUUCGUCUGGGACAUAAGUGCCAACAGAGAAGUUUAGAUGGUUUCCUACUUCUGUGAAAUUGAAAAUUAAAGAUUCAAAAUACGUUUUUAUUAAAAAUAUAUAUGAAAAAUAUGUAAUUGAAAUGGCCUUAUUGUACCUAUUGUAAAGAAUGCUUGAAGAAUAUGAAUGUUGCCAACUGGGAAUGGAAAAUAUGAGUGUGGUAAAUGAAUAAUGGUGCUUGUUAUAGUUAGUUAUUGUACAGAAUAAAUUAACUUUUAAUUUUUUUUUAUAUUAUAACAUGGUUACAAAAUACUAAGUGUGAAAACCAUGUUAAAAUGUAAUUUGUUUUACUAUAAUUGUGCUAUCAAUGAAUACUCCGAUUUUGUGUUUUCCUGAAUAAAUAUAUUUAAAAAAGUUUUUGAACAAAAACAAAAAGAAAAACGAUUCCAAGGUUACAAAGCAAGUAUCAGAAAAAUUUUGGCCAAAAAUAACUACCUAUGAACUACCAAACCUACAUAAAAUGUACACAGAGAAGUAUAUGGAAAAGAUUAUUUAGUAGUACAAUAUAAUUAUAAAAAAUCAUACUUUACCUACUGUUCUUUUAUAUAGCUGUUAGUCAAUAUGCCUACCUAUUUGUAUUAUACUUCCAUAUUUAUAUUAUUAUAUAUUAUAUUUAUGUAUUCUAAAUUCUUGUGCAAUCAACAAUCAGCAUAAAUAUUUAAAAUAAGAAUAUUGUUAAUAAUUCUACAUAAUAAUUAAUACCUACCUACCUAUGUGACUUAUCCUAUACUCCUUCAAGUUGCUCAUUGUAAUAAGGGUAACUUUUAGGUAGCUUUUUUACUGUCUCGUCGAUCACAAAUAAUUUAAUAAUAACUGUGAUAUUUACUUGUAUAAAAUGCCAUAAGAGAUUGGCAAUAAAAAUAAAAAAGUUUUGUAAUCAGUUUAAUAAUAAUUAUCCAAUCUGUAGUUUCAAGUAAUUGAAUUUUAAGUUAACAUAAUAUUUUACUUUAGGAGAAAUGAAUAAAAAACUUCUAUGGA